AUGGCAGCGAUCAACGCAGGCGGUUCUCUUGUGGCUACCCAUGACUACUACCGAAGUGAGUAGCUCUCGGGCCGGGGCAUGUCUUUACAAACUUAGCCCUCAGGCCCUAACUCAAUCAAGCGCCAUCAUAAUUCACUUCAGCCUUCAACAGUCGUUUGUUUUCUCAAGCCCUCUUAAUGUCAUCUGAUAAACCUAGCUUGAGUCCCAGAUCUGUUUGUGCUAUCUUGCCAACAAUUCUGUCACUGUCACACCAAACAUGACAAUGCAAGGAGUUGGCAAGACCGCACAAACAGAUCUGGACCUCGGUCUAGUCGGAUCUCUUGACUGUACUCAUUCAGAGGGUUGGGUUCAUUUAAAUGCGGAAGACACAUUUCGGUUGAAUGCAUUCGGUUGUGCAACUGACUAGUGUAUUCUCUUACAUUUACAUUUUAGUCAUUUAGCAGACACUCUUAUCCAGAGCGACUUACAGUUAGUGAGGGAAUACAUUUUCAUACUCUCUUGUAUUGGGCAGAGAGGGGCCUUGUGAGGUGAAUGGGUUAUCUUAUCUCUGCAGUGCAUUUGUUGCCAUGUCUACUGCCUAGACCAGGGGCCGCCAACAAAACUGGCCUACUAGGUGAUAAAAUAAAAUACAAAAUCUUUAUUUUGUAGUCUUUGGGCCCCCCAAACAUUUUUGGAAGGGAUUUUAGUUUUGUCAAACUGUACAAUUUAAUAAUAAUUAAUAUGAGUGGAGUACUCCCGAGUGGCGCAGUGGUCUAAGGCACUGCAUCGCAGUGCUAGCUGUGCCACUAGAGAUCCUGGUUCGAAUCCAGGCUCUGUCGCAGCCGGCCGCGACCGGGACACUCAUGGGCGGCGCACAAUUGGCCCAGCGUCGUCCAGGGUAGGGGAGGGAAUGGCCGGAAGGGAUGUAGCUCAGUUGAUAGAGCAUGGCGUUUGUAACGCCAGGGUUGUGGGUUCGAUUCCAACGGGGGGCCAGUAUAAAAAAAUAUGUAUUCACUAACUGUAAGUCGCUCUGGAUAAGAGCGUCUGCUAAAUGACUAAAAUCUAAAAUGUAAUAUGCCAUUUAGCAGACGCUUUUAUCCGAAGCGACUUAGUCAUGUGCGCAUGCAUUUUUCCGUAUGUGUGGUCCCGGGGAUCGAACCCACUACCCUGGCGUCACAAGCGCCAUGCUCUACCAAUUGAGCUACAGAGGACCACAAUCACCAGGAAGGAAUUCAUCCAAAAAUGUGUUUAAUGUAUGAAAUCUGUUCCCAAGUAUUCCCACAAAUUAAAAUAAAAAAGAGAUGUGCUUGUGUCUCAAUGUAAUCUAGGUAUGAAAUGGUUGUUUUCGAUGCGCGAGUAGCACAGGAGAUGUUGAUGGAACUUCGGUAGCAUUUUCCUUUAUUAAAGACCACAGCUAUAAUAAAUGCAGCCUCUGGAUAUGCGGUUUCCAGUUUGCACAAUGUCCCGUGUAGUUCCUCGAGAGCCGUCGCAGUGUCUGCUUGGGGGGGGGAUAUACACAGCCGUGACGAUGACCGAUCACGCCAUGAGUAGUUAAUCGUGAAACGUACACCUCCACCUUUUAUUUUUCCCGGAGAGUUCUUUAUUCCUGUCUGCGCGAUGGCUGGAGAACCCAGACGGCUGAAUGGACGGGGAUACUAUAUCCAGAGAGGCCAUGAUUCUGUGAAACCAAGUAUGUUACAGACCCUGAUGUCUCUCUGAAAGGAGAUCCUCGCCCUGAGCUCGUCUACUUUAUUGUCCAGGGAAUGAACGUUAGCGAGUAAUGUACUCUGAAGCGGUGGAUGGUGUGCAGGUCUCCUGAGUCUGACUAGGAGCCUUUUUCCCUCUUGUCUGGUGUCGGCGUCUUGACGCAGACCGACAGGAGAGUACAUUUUCUGAUGAUAGACAGAGCAACGUGAACUUGUUGGGGAUCACACCUCUUGGUCAUGAAUGGGUUUUAUUGUCCAGUCCUAUCCUGAUACAGUGACCGGAGUGUGGAUUGAUCCUGUGACAAUAGCCUAGGCUGAGAGUGGGCUUGUGUUGAGGGUGUUGAACGAGACCUUUUCCAUUCCUAUUGUGUUAACUUUCCCCAGGGCGCAUCGGCUCCACCUCCAGCAGCAGCUCCUGUGGUAGUUCAGAGUACAGCGGGGAAGUCAUUCCACACCAUCCAGGUACAUAAAGCAAGCAUAUGGGCGACGGUGGGGGGGAAGGGACCGUGUCCAGGGGUGGUACUGGGAGUUCAGAGUACAGCGGGGAAGUCAUCCCACACCAUCCAGGUACAUAAAGCAAGCAUAUGGGCGACGGGGGGGGAAGGGACCGUGUCCAGGGGUGGUACUGGGAGUUCACGAACUGUGAUGUCAUCAUAUGGCACAUGAUGGGUUACCACCCUGCUAUGUAAUGUAAGAUGCCACCUGUUGGUGAUGAAUGGCUUUGUCCAUGGGGGGUUGGGAAUAACACAAGACUGCUAGAAUAUGAAUUUCCCAUCCAGGUUGAACAGUGAAGUUGUAUUGUAUACAGUUGGCUAUGUGAUUAUAGGAUAUGAUUAUAAAGUCAAAUGCACAUCAUUUCCAUGGGGUGCUUGGCUGGACAAAUCAUAGCCAACCGUGUGUGUGUGGUGGGGAAAGGAAAUUGAGUUGAACAAUGAAUGUCCUCUUACAACCUUAAACUGCAACAGGUGAUGAUUUGUCACGUACAGCCUAGCCCGAUGAGGGGUGACAUGGGGUUGCCUUACUUGGGAGUCAGCCAGUGGAUCCUCUCAGUUGACUGGUAAUCUUUAAACCAACAUAGUGUGUCGUAGUAUUACGUAGUAGGGCCGUGACGAUACCAGUAUCGCAAUAUUUUUUUUCCCAUGGCAAAAAUGAAAACACGAAGCAGACCAAACUAUUUGGUCCUUUUAAAAAUCUGCCUUAUGUAAAAUAUUGUGUGCUAUAGCCUGGAAAAUAAGUAAAUAAAUGUGACUCUGGAUGACAACAUAAUAAUAUUGUUUGUUUCCAGCAUUGGGACUGUUUUCCUAAAGAAGUUCCAUCUGCUUCGUGUUUUGUUUCCUUGCCACGAUACUAAAAGGAGUAUGGCGAUGCUGGUACGGUCCCGGCCCUACUACAUGGUAGGCCUUUUUCAAGGUCUGUGACUAAGGAUUGCCUUGCUGGGAGUUGAGUCAUUCAGUUGGUGUUGUGUCAGAGUUAAUUCUGGCACCGUGCCCUGAGGCGGCAGCAGAGAAUGGUUGUCAGUUUUUCCUUGUCUGCUGAAGCUUGACAUGUACACAGUGGUAAGGUCAUUUAGUGAGGUAUUCUUACUUACAAGCCCUUAACCAACAAUGCAGUUAAGAAAAAUAAGUGUUAAGUAAAAAAUAGAUUAGUUAAAAAGCAGGGGGGGGGGGGGGGGUGCAAUGCAAAUAGUCCGGGUAGCCAUUUGAUUAGCUGUUCAGGAGUCUUAUGGCUUGGGGGUAGAAGCUGUUGGGAAGCCUUUUGGACCUAGACUUGGCGCUCCGGUAACGCUUGUCGUGCGGUAGCAGAGAGAACAGUCUAUGACUAGGGUGGCUGGGAGUCUUUGACCAUUUUGAGGGCCUUCUUCUGACACCGCCUGGUAUAGAGGUCCUGGAUGUCUUAUGACACCGCCUGGUAUAGAGGUCCUGGAUGUCUAAUGUUUACUACUUUAGACAUUAUGAACUACAGUUGUUUUAAAUGUGACAUGGCACUUAGUUGGACCAAUGACCUGUUGAAAGCGGUAAUUAUUAUGAUCCUAAAUUCAAGCAGUAUUAUUCCAUUUGGUUUUAUGGUACGUCAGAAUUCUACACUGACUGCCCCACUUUGUGCCUGGUACCACCUACCACACCCACAAAGUACACAGUCCGCUAAAUACUGAGUGCUGUCGAUCUCAAAUCAAAUUGUAUUUGUCACAUACACGUGUUUAGCAGAUGUUAUUGCGGGUGUAGCGAAAUGCUUGUGCUUCUAGCUCCGACAGUGCAGUAAUAUCUAACAAUUUCACAACAUAUACACACAAAUCUAGUAAGGAAUGGAAUGUAUGUAUGUAUGUAUGUGACAAGCAAUUACAGAUCUUGAGGCGUUGUGUAGUUUUAUAGAUUCGCGUUUGACCUAGUUGUAAUCCGUUUCUCAGGUCUGCCCAAACAAGACUCGGGACAUUGGUGGGCAAGUUUUUUCUUUGGGAAGCAGAACCAGCCAGGAAUGACCCCUCUGACAGAGGAGGCCCAGCAGAAGUAAGUUGAAGUGGGUAACUGGGAGAAAUGUGGGGGAUGGACUUUCUCUUGUGAAACAUCUUCAAAACACUUCUCUGGUAAAAUGCCAGAUUUUUAACUUUUAGGCAAAACAUUAGGAAAUGUAGCUGCUUACAUUCUUUCUAUGAUAAACAUUUAGAAAUAUAUUGGCCAUGCAUCGGUUUUGCAAGAAAUACCUUGCUUUUUCAUUGUAAGCUCAUUUACUUGUGUAGCUGCCAGCCAGUAUGAAAAUGUAUGCACUCACUAACUGUAAGUCGCUCUGGAUAAGAGCGUCUGCUAAAUGACUAAAAUGUAAAUAAGCUUCAUAAUGUGACCAGUGAAAGGAAGAACGCGUUCUGUUUUAUCUCCUAAUGUACAAUACAGUAUACGUCCUAAUAACAUUGUUAAUAAACAGUAUUGGAACCCCGGGCCCUUAAUACCUGGUAAAUACAGUAUACCGCCUAAUAGCCUGGUAAAUACAGUAUACCGCCUAAUACCCUGGUAAAUACAGUAUACCGCCUAAUACCCUGGUAAAUACAGUAUACCGCCUAAUACCCUGGUAAAUACAGUAUACCGCCUAAUACCCUGGUAAAUACAGUAUACCGCCUAAUACCCUGGUAAAUACAGUAUACCGCCUAAUACCCUGGUAAAUACAGUAUACCGCCUAAUACCCUGGUAAAUACAGUAUACCGCCUAAUACCCUGGUAAAUACAGUAUAACCGCCUAAUAGCCUGGUAAAUACAGUAUAACCGCCUAAUACCCUGGUAAAUCAGUAUAACCGCCUAAUACCCUGGUAAAUACAGUAUACCGCCUAAUACCCUGGUAAAUACAGUAUACCGCCUAAUACCCUGGUAAAUACAGUAUACCGCCUAAUACCCUGGUAAAUACAGUAUACCGCCUAAUACCCCUUGGUAAAUACAGUAAACCGCCUAAUACCCUGGUAAUACAGUAUAACCGCCUAAUACCCUGGUAAAUACAGUAUAACCGCCUAAUACCCUGGUAAAUACAGUAUACCGCCUAAUACCCUGGUAAAUACAGUAUACCGCCUAAUACCCUGGUAAUACAGUAUACCGCCUAAUACCUGGUAAAUACAGUAAUACCGCCUAAUACCCUGGUAAAUACAGUAUACCGCCUAAUACCCCCUGGUAAAUACAGUAUAACCGCCUAAUACCCUGGUAAAUACAGUAUACCGCCAAUACCCUGGUAAAUACAGUAUACCGCCUAAUACCCUGGUAAAUACAGUAUACCGCCAAAUACCCUGGUAAAUACAGUAUACCGCCUAAUACCCUGGUAAAUACAGUAUACCGCCUAAUACCCUGGUAAAUACAGUAUACCCGCCAAAUACCCUGGUAAAUACAGUAUACCGCCUAAUACCCUGGUAAAUACAGUAUACCGCCUAAUAUACCCUGGUAAAUACAGUAUACCCGCCUAAUACCCUGGUAAAUACAGUCAAACCCGCCUAAUAACCCUGGUAAAUACAGUAUACCGCCUAAUACCCUGUGGUAAAUACAGUAUACCCGCCUAAUACCCCUGGUAAAUACAGUAAAACCGCCUAAUACCCUGGUAAAUACAGUUAUACCGCCUAAUACCCUGGUAAAUACAGUAUACCGCCUAAUACCUGGUAAAUAACAGUAUACCGCCUAAUACCCUGGUAAUACAGUAUAACCGCCUAAUACCUUGGUAAAAUAAGAUAAACCGCCUAAUACCCUGGUAAAUACAGUAUACCGCCUAAUACCUUGGUUAAAUACAGUAUACCGCCUAAUACCCUGGGUAAAAAUACAGUAUAACCGCCUAAUACCCUGGUAAAUACAGUAUACCGCCUAAUACCCCUGGUAAAUACAGUAAUACCGCCUAAUACCCUGGUAAAAUACAAGUAUACAACCGCCUACUAACCCUUGGUAAAUACAGUAUACCGCCUAAUACCCUGGUAAAUACAGUAUACCGCCUAAUACCCUGGUAAAUACAGUAUACCGCCUAAUACCCUGGUAAAUACAGUAUACCGCCUAAUACCCUGGUAAAUACAGUAUACCGCCUAAUACCUUGUGUGCGUUGCUGUGCUAAUAAAUGCUAGUUUAUCAACCUUUUUUUUUAAGCUAAACGUUCUGAUCUCUGUUGCAUCUGAUUCAUUUACUUUUUAAGGUUUGUAUUUAAUGUAUCCUAGGCCUACUGGCUGUAUGAAUUGUGGGAUCUAGCUUCCCACAACUGUCCCAGAGUCUGUUUGGGCUAUUUCUUUCACGACAACCUGACCAAUAGUAGGAAAAGUGUACGUACUCUAUGGGGGAUAGUGGAUUGACUGGCUCAUAGGCGGCUCAUCCACAAAGCAAGGGGAAGCUAAGCGUUCCCUAAGUAAAUUGAAUUAAAUUGCCAUGCAGAAACAUAAUUCUAAAUGGGCUACUAAAGCAUGAUUUGGCCCCAGAGGAUCGUUCGCUUUCCGAAGCCUUAAAGUCCUGAAGGAAAGACGGAGCACACCAUUUGGGCAGCGCGCGGCAAAUACAAAGUAGAUGGUUUUGAGUUUGCGACUGUCAGUGAGAAGUAGAGCGUCAUAUCGCAAUAUUACACAUUUACAGUAUGAAAAAAAUUUAUGCACUCACUAACUGUAAGUCGCUCUGGAUAAGAGCGUCUGCUAAAUGACUUAAAUGUAAAAUGCUUUAUUAUAAAGGUUGCAUUUUUAUGGUGAAAAUUUGCUGUCCUAAACUUUACACUCUGGCAUGCCUACGCAUAGGCUAAUGAUUUUGCUGUUCGUUACUCGUCUUGUUGGCUGAGAAAGUAAAUGUGCAGUUAUUCUAACAUGUUCAAAGUGUACAUCAGAAUUCGGUUUUUUAAAAAAAGGACCGCACAUCGUUGCAUCCUGUUAAUAUGAAUGACCAUAAUCUAAAUGUGAUUUCUGUCAUUCUGAGCACCCCGGGUGGACGCCCUAAUCAGAUUACACACCCAAUGCAUAAGGGUCCAGUAGAUUUCUCAAAUGUCCAGUAAAUUUAAAAUGCUGCCGGUCAAAUGUCCGGUGCCACAUUUUCAUAACGGAAACCCUGGUGUGUAUACUGGCAGUGCUUGCUGAGGGCAUUUAUGAGCCAGUGGUCCUCUCCUUCCCUCCCAUCACUUCUCCCCCAUUUUUUUUUUUUUUUUUUUUUUUUUAAAUCUCUCCUUACCUACUAUUCUCUCCCUCCCCAUACUUUCCCCAUUUCCUUUUUCUCUCUCGACGAGAGACUGGCGCCAAGCAACGGUCCCCUCCACGCAGACUUGCUCGACACAGCUUGUCAUCACCGGUCGCAGUCUCAGUUGCUGCAUAUCAAAUUGUUACUAAGAACCUGGGGUUUCAAUUCUAUUAAAGUUUUGAUUUUUAGUUUCAUCAAAUGGAGAGCGCGGUGAGAGGAGAAUCUCUGCCGUAGCCAAGCAGAACACCCAGCUCUCCCUCAGUAAGCUAACGUUAGCUAGCAAGGGUCCGUCACUAUGACAGACAGCUUUCUGACACAGUAGGGCAUUAUCCUCAUGGCAGUUCUAUCUACAACAUUAAGCAAGGUGCACCCUGCUGAAUACAACCCUGGUUUUCCUUGCUCUCACACUCAACCUCUCCUCCCCCCUCCCUGUCUUCAACCUCUCCCCCCCCCCCCCCCCUCCUGUCUUCACCCUCUCCCCCCCCCCCCCCCUCCUGGCUUCAACCUCUCCUCCCCCCCUCCCUGGUCUUCAACCUCUCCUCCCCCCCCCCCUCCCUGUCUUCAACCUCUCCUCCCCCCCCUCCCGGUCUUCAACCUCUCCUCCCCCCCCCUCCCGGUCUUCAACCUCUCCUCCCCCCCCUCCCGGUCUUCAACCUCUCCUCCCCCCCUCCCUGUUUUUCAAACCUCCCCUCCCCCCCUCCCCUGUCUUCAACCUCUCCUCCCCCCCCUCACCUGUCUUCAACCUCUCCUCCCCCCCCUCCCUGUCUUCAACCUCUCCUCCCCCCCCUCCCUGUCUUCAACCUCUCCCUCCCCCCCUCCCUGUCUUCAAACCCUCUCCUCCCCCCCCUCCUGUCUUCAACCUCUCCUCCCCCCCCUCCCUGUCUUCAACCUCUCCUCCCCCCCUCCCUGUCUUCAACCUCUCCUCUAUCCCUGGGAAUUGAACCGGAGACCUUUUGCAUUGCUAGUGCUAAAGUCUGAGCUACACAGGACGUUCAUUACCUGACCUCUCACACUCAACCUCCUCUCUCUUCCAGGGCGGCGGCCAUGACCGUGACCAACGGCCAGGUGACCUGCGUUGCCAGGGAGAUGGCGAUGACGAGGCAGGUCAGCGACGGCAGCGAAGCCGUGAGGUCCCAGCCGGGGAGUCCACCCCCCUCCUGA